AUGCACUCGACGCGCCGCGCUCGGACUGCCGGGGCGGAGAGAGGGGAGGAGCGAGAGCGGCCGGAGCCGUCGAACGAGAUGCGGCGGCACCUGGUGCACCUGGACCUGAAGGGCGCUCCGCCCCGUGCCGCGUACCUGGCCGAGGUGCUGCCGCUGCUCCGCGCGAUGGGCGCCACCGGGCUGCUGCUGGAGUACGAGGACGCGUUUCCCUACGCGCCGCCGCUGGAGGCGCUGAGCGCGCCGCACGCCUACAGCCGCACGGAGCUGAGGCAGCUGCUGGGCCGCGCCGCGGAGCUGGGGCUGGAGGUGGUGCCGCUGGUGCAAAGCUUCGGGCACAUGGAGUUCGCGCUGAAGCACAAGGAGUUCGCGCAUCUCCGUGAGGUGAAGCUGUUCCCCAACGCCCUCAACCCGCACAAGGAGGAGGCGCUGGCGCUGGUCAGAGCCAUGAUCGACCGCGUCAUGGAGCUGCAUCGGGACCUGAGGUGGUUCCACAUCGGCUGCGAUGAGGUCUACUACCUUGGUGAAGGAGAGGAGUCCAAGGAAUGGCUGCAACAACAAGGGAACACGCCAGAGAAGCUGUGCUUAUUCCAUAUAAAAGCAGUUGCAAGUUAUGUGGUUUCGUCUUACCCCACUGUGACUCCCAUCGUGUGGGAUGACAUGCUGAGAGGGAUCAGCGAGGAAACACUGGCAGAAUCUGGGGUCCCACAGCUGGUGCAGCCUAUGAUCUGGGACUAUGCUGCAGACCUGGAUGUGGAGAGCAAAGUGCUUCUUAUAGAGAAGUAUCGUAGAUGUGGCUUCUCCAAGGUGUGGUUUGCUAGCGCUUUUAAGGGCGCUACAGGAGUGAAUCAGUCUCUAACACUUAUUGGACACCACUUAAAAAACCACCUUCAGUGGCUGAAAGUAGCAAGCAGCAUCCCUGCUGAUGUGCUCCAAGGUAUCGCGCUGACUGGCUGGCAGAGGUAUGAUCACUUCUCUGUUUUGUGUGAGCUUUUCCCCGUGGCAAUUCCAUCACUGGCUGUAUGUCUGCAGGCACUAGAGAAUGGUGGCUAUUCUGAAAAGGUUAAAGAAAAUGUGGAAAAGCUCCUGGGAAUGUCCAAUCUGGAAUUAGAUACUUUCAUGAGCACAAGUACGGGGACCUUUCCUGGCAGCAAUAUUCUUACCCUUGUGACACAAGUUAGCUUCUACCUCAAGUCAUCAGUGGAUGAACUUCUUGAAAGGAACAGGUAUGUCACAGGCUGGUUCAGUCCCUACCACAGAAAAAGGAAGAUUAUUCAUCCUAUAAUAAUGCAUCACUUUCAGCCAGAUGCAAUAAGUCUUCUGUCCAAGUGGAAUGCUGUGGUGCAAGACCUCCAGGCAGCCAUGGAGCAAGUCUUCCACAAGUGUACUGUAGAGGAGUGGAUGGAGGAGAAUGUCCACCCCAGCCUAGAAAAGCUGCAGCAAGUGGUGGAUGAUUUAGACAAAGCAAUAAAAGCACAAAAUUAGUCAUGUUUUAAUUUGUCUUUUUCAAUGGGAAACGUGGCCAGUGGACAUAUGCAAGUAGUCAUAUGGCUAGAGUUUGUCAUCUUAAGAGUUAAAGCAACCACUGUGAUUUAACAAGUGACCUGAGGGAGAAAGGAAUUUAUCAAGGUAAUAGGCUUUGAGUCUGUAUUAAUUGUCCUCUUACACUGCUGAGCCCUGAGUCACCUGCCCUGUAAGAUUUGCUCUCCUUGCAUAAUGGAAAUCGGGAGUCAGAAUUCAGCUGUAUUCACAAGGCAGAAAACUUCCCCUCCCCCCCUCUGCCCCCCCCCUCAAAUUCAGUACAUCUGACAGCAGUUUUGUCCAAAUUUCAAGCAUGAGCAAAGUCUACUGAAUGCAAGGGAAAAAUGCUCUUACCUUCUGUUUUCAUCUUGAACAUUCAGAAUCUUCAGAAACUUAUAGGAAGACAUUUAGGACUUUACUGGAACAUGAAGAUACAAGGAAAACAAUUCUAAAGUCACGUAGUUAAGAAUACUGUAUCACGAAUCUUCAGAGUAUCCUUUACCUGUCUGCUUCAUUUACUGCUUUCUUGCAAGUCUUACCUGGGAAGCACAGGUACUGAUAUGUUCUUGGACCGACUGUUAAGACAUGAGCAUAUCUCUGGAUGCAGAGCACACAAGAGGAGGUAGCAUAACACAACUUACUGAAAUGAGAAGUCUACACAAGUGGUCUACAAUUCUUUUUUUGUAAAAAUAAUGCACAGCUGCUGUGUAUGCCUUAAUUGCAGAAGUCACAUCCCUUACUCUAAGAUUAUUUAAUAAAUACUUUGAUAUUCCAA